GUCAUCGUCAUGGACAGCUUGACCAGGCUCACUGUCCUCCUUUUGUUCUUGUGGACUGUGGAAGGACAGAAUGAAACUACCAUGCAAGAGCCAUCUAGAACCACACUGGAACUGACUACGACCACACAGGAACCAACUACACCGGAGCUGACUAUGACUACACCAGAACCGACUACAACCACGCCAGAACCAACUACAACUACACCGCAACUGACUACGACCACACAGACACCUGUGGCGCCCAAUACAACAAUACUGGAACCAAUUAUGACCACACAAGGACCAGCUACAGCUACUCAGGUGCCAAGUCAAACCACACAGGCAACAGGGAGAUGUUCUGCAGAUCCCCCCUUGUGCUGUCUGAGGCAGAAUAACAUCUGUAACAGAGGAUGCUUCUGUGAUGUUGCCUGUCUGAGAUUCAGGGACUGUUGCUCUGAUUUCAAUUCUACCUGUGUGACAGGCUUCCCAAGUGGAACCUCUCAAUCACAGAACCAGACCAGCAUGAACAACAUGACCAGCGUGAACAACACUGGCUCCACGUUUCCCAUCUUCUCUUUCUCAGGGAGCUGUGCAUCUCCAGGUGCCAUGUGUUGUGCUGGGACCAACUUGAGCUGCUUUCAGGGGUGUUUCUGUGACGAGGCGUGUGUGAAUAUAGGAGACUGUUGCCCUGACUACAGCAGUACCUGCCUAGCCCGACCUGUUCAAUCUGUUUUUGCCAACUUGCUUGUAUCUGUCAACGCCCCAUCCUAUGUGACUGACUCAUAUGUGCAGGCAACACUCCAGAAUGCCACAGCUCAACUCCAGCUGUACUUACAGAGUACAUACAGUAAGUUCAGUUCUUUGAGCAUCAUCAAGAUCAGACUGAAAACUUGAAU